GAAAAUUCGCGAUCUUUUCUCUGCUUUUGUCCUCGAAAAAUGUAACCGCGUUAGGCACAACCGCCCAGGCAGUUUUCAUUUCGAUUGCUUUCCAUAGACGCUCACUCCAUCUACUGUCAAUCUCUGUGAUCUUUCGAUAAACCGAGUUAUGGAAGGCGAGAACUUUCCGCGCGGCCGAGGCAGAGGCCGAGGACGUGGAGGCGGCGGAGGUCGCGGUGGUUAUGACCCAAGUCAACAGGUUCAGGGUGGUUCCGGCGGCGGUCGUGGUGGCCGCGGAAGUGGAUCUCAACGGGGUGGGCACAAUCAGGCACCGGCUCAGAAUCAAUGGGAGCAACAACGGCCGAGGGGCCAGGGUCCUGCCGAUCAGCGACCUCAGCAACAGUGGGCUCGGAUUCCGGUCAGUCAGGGUGGCGGGGCUCCUUCUGGAGGGCCGCAGCGGCCACAAUUUCAGCAGUCUCAGUCUCCUCAGCCGAACUACGGCUCUAAUCGUGGCCCUGCUCCUUGGGGUGGGGCAGGUCGGCCACCUCCUCAGCAGUCUCAGUCUCAGUCCGGUGGAGGUUGGGGUCCUCGUCCUAGGGCUUGGUCGCAGAGGCCACCAAUUCAGCAGCAGCCGCCGCAGUACGGCGGUGAUAGUGGCCCUACUCUUCAGCAACCUCAGAGUGGCCCUCAGGGCACGGGGCCCACCGGUGGACCACCACCGUCUGUUUGGAGCGGCAAGCCCAGAGGUGUGUCUAUGGUUUCUUCUCCAUCUCCACCUCCAACGGCUUCUAAUCACCCUCAAGCUCAGUCUCAACCUCAAUCCCAAUCUUUUCAAAUGUCUUCAGUACCUACUGAGGUUGGUGCUAGGACAUUGUCUUCAGAAAGUUCCAAAAAUAAGCUUCAACCAAUCAAACGGCCAGAUACAGGGACGAUUGCUACCAGGAAAAUCAAUCUCCUUGUUAACCAUUUCCGUGUUACUUUUCGCCCUGAGACAACAAUAAUGCACUAUGAUGUGGCUGUCAACCAAGUCAAUUCUGAAAAUCAACCAUUGAAGAAAUCAAUUUCUAAAUCUCUUCUUUCCAUCAUCAGAAAACAACUUUUUAAUGAUAAUCCUCAAGGAUUUCCUGUGGAUAUGACCACAUAUGAUGGUGAGAAGAACAUUUUCAGUGUAGUUCCACUACCCACCGGAGAAUUCAAAGUGGUUUUGUCUGGAGACGAUGAGUCGAAGUCCCGCACCUUUAUGUUCACAAUCAAGCUUGUUGGCGAACUCAAGUAUUCAAAGCUCAAAGAUUAUUUGAGUGGUGUUGUGUCUCACCUACCUCGUGAAAUACUUCAAGCUAUGGAUUUGGUCAUGAAAGACAAUCCUACCAAGAGCAGGUACAUUGUUGGCAGGUCUUUUUUCUCCAAACAGUACACCGAAGACCUUGUGCCUGGUAUUGCGGCUCAUAGAGGCUUCCAACAGAGCCUAAAGCCUACAUCCCAAGGUCUUGCUUUAUGUCUUGACUACUCAGUCUUGGCAUUUCGCAAACCAUUGGCGGUCUUGGAGUUCCUUCACCAGUACAUUGAUGGAUUUAGACUGGAUCAGUUUAAUUUCUUCCGGAAGAAGGUUGCAGCUGCUUUAAUAGGGUUGAAAGUGAAUGUGACGCACCGCAGAUGCAGUCAAAAGUUUAUUAUAUCAAACUUAACUGAGAAAAAUACUGGACAACUUACAUUUGUACUAACUGAUCCUGAUGGAAAUAGUCCAGCAAGAGAAUUGUAUCUUGUCGACUACUUUCUUGAGAAACAUGGGAAGAAGAUUGUGCAUACCAAUAUUCCGUGUUUAGAUAUUGGGAAGGGUAGGUAUGUACCAAUGGAAUUUUGCAUCCUGAUUGGAGGCCAAAUUUUUCCGAAGGAAAAUUUGGAUAAGGACACAGGAAUAUUCUUGAAAAAGCUAUCACUUCCUCCGCCAGAGGAAAGACGGAGAACAAUUAAUGCAAUGGUGAAGGCUAGUGAUGGACCUAGUGGAGACGUCAGUAAAAACUUUGGAAUCGGAGUUGAACAUGACAUGACGCAAGUUGUUGGUCGCAUACUUCCUCCCCCUAAAGUGAAGUUAGGAGGUUCAUAUAUGGUUUCCAUCAAUGAUAGAUGCCAGUGGAACCUUGUUGGGAAAACUGUUGUUGCGGGCACUCCGGUUGAACGAUGGGCUUUGAUUGAUUUCACCAUUUCUCACAAUUAUAACAAGCUACGACCACAUGAUUUUAUUGCAAACCUGAAGAGGCGGUCCAAAAACAUGGGAAUCCACAUGGAAGAUCCCCUAAUCUAUCAAGGAGUUCCAAUGCGUGAAUUGUCCAGUGUCACCCUGGUUGAAAAUCUCCUCAAUCAUGUGGUUGAUUCAGUUAAGAAGAAAACGCAGGCCAAAUUGCAAAUCAUAGUGUGUGUUAUGCCUGGUAGGGACAAUGGUUACAAGUAUUUGAAAUGGGUUUCAGAAACAAAAAUUGGGGUGGUCACACAGUGUUGCCUGUCUGGUACGUUCAACAAAGGGCGUGACCAAGAUCUAGCCAACCUUUGCAAAAAGAUCAAUGCAAAACUUGGGGGUAGCAACUUUGAGCUUCAUGGGAGGCUUCCACACUUUCAGGGUCAAGAGCAUGUCAUGUUCAUUGGGGCUGAUGUCAACCAUCCUGCUGCCCGGAAUGUCACGUGUCCAUCCAUAGCAGCAGUCGUUGGCACAGUCAACUGGCCUGCUGCAAAUCGCUAUGCUGCUAGGGUUUGCCCACAAAAGCACCGGACUGAAACGAUCCUUAAUUUCGGCAGCAUGUGUUCUGAUCUGGUAUAUGCUUAUGCUAAGACAAACAACGUAAGACCAAUGAGGAUUGUGGUCUUCCGUGAUGGCGUGAGUGAGGGUCAGUUCGAAAUCGUGCUUAAUGAAGAGCUUAUUGAUAUGAAGAAGAAGAUUUACACUGAAGACUAUCAACCGCCGAUCACUUUUAUUGUGGCCCAAAAGAGACACCAAACUCGUCUCUUCCUCCAGAAUAGGAACGAUGGGGGUGCGUCGGCCAAUGUGCCCCCUGGGACAGUUGUCGACACAACAGUCGUGCACCCAUCUGACUUUGACUUUUACUUGUGCAGUCAUUAUGGAAGCCUCGGUACAAGCAAGCCCACACAUUACUAUGCCCUUUGGGACGAGAACCGUUUCACCUCUGAUGGCUUGCAAAAGUUGAUUUAUGAUAUGUGCUUCACUUUUGCCCGUUGCGCAAAAGCUGUCUCGCUAGUUCCACCGGUGUAUUAUGCGGAUCUUGUUGCUUAUAGAGGUCGCAUGUUCCAAGAGGUGGUUAAUGAGAAUCAAAAUGCUGGAUCGUCUUCAUCAUCCUCUGGUCCUUCAUUCAAACAUGAGUUCUAUAAUCUUCAUCCUGAUCUCAAAAACAUAAUGUUUUUCAUCUGAUGUUACAUAUAACAUCACAGUAAUUUCAACUUCUGAAAAGUCCAGAUCUCGAAGUACAUGCCUUACCAUUUAGGGAGAUGUAAAAAGUAGUUUGUGAUGAAGUCUAUUUCUUUCAGUGCUAGUAUGGUGAAACUUUUCACUGGAUUGUGUUUCGUUAAGCUUUAUUGUUUGAGAUACUAAUGGUUCGUAUGGUGACAUGAUCUGUUUUCUGAUUUUUAUUUGUUUUUUAGUUUAUAGAAUAUAAUCAUAUUUGAUCUACAUGUUAUGUAUCUAUUCUGAAACUAUAUACUUCUCUCCCCAACGAGAUUAGCUCACCCCUUUCCCUUUUUUAUCUAUCUUAAACUCUCAAAGUCAUCUUCCCA